AUGUCACACCUGCCAUCCAGCUUCGAUGGCGCUGAGCAAGAUGUGGAGGACAUGACGUUUUACGAAAAGAUGAUUUUCCACUGCAAACAACAACCACUUGUGCCAUUAGGUACGCUAGCUACAACUGUUGCUGUCAUUUUGGCAGCUCAGAAUGUCAGAUCCGGCAACAAACGCAAGGCUCAAAAAUACUUCAGAUGGCGUGUCGGCUUGCAGGGGGCGACGCUGGUCGCAUUGGUUGCUGGUAGCUUCAUAUACGGGACGUCUCAGAAAGACCGCCAGUCCAAGGAGGACCAGUUGCGCGAAAAGGCCAAGUUGAGAGAAAAUUUGUGGAUUCAAGAGUUGGAGCGUCGUGAUCAGGAAACACAGCAGCGGAAAGUGAGAGCUGAGCUGGCUCGUGCCAGAGCCCAGGCUCUGGAAGUGGAGGCCGAAAAUCUUCAAUCAGAACUCGACAGCAUGUCCAAAGGAUCCGGAAAACGCAAUUGA